AGCUCCUUAUACCAUAAAGCAAAAGCUUGAGAACAUGACAGGACUUAGCUCUUCAUGUGGAGCUUGCAAAUUCUUGAGAAGAAGGUGCAAUGAUGAAUGCGUUUUUGCACCUUAUUUCUGUUAUGAGCAAGCAGCAACUCACUUUGCAGCUGUCCAUAAGGUUUUUGGGGCCAGCAAUGUCUCAAAGCUAUUGUUACAUCUGCCGGCGCACUGCAGAAGUGACGCUGCCAUAACGAUAUCUUACGAAGCCCUUGCACGUUUGCACGACCCUAUUUACGGUUGCGUUGCUCAUAUAUUUGCUCUACAGCAACAGGUAGCCAGCCUCGAGGACGAAAUAGAAAUCACCGCAAGCCAAUUAAUGACCGAUCUUGGAGUUGACAUUGCAACUUCUACAGCACCUUACGCGACUAGUAAUUACCUGUAUUUUCCUACGCAAUCCAACAUCACAAGCAAUUGUAGUCAACAAGAGGGUCCGCCCAUUCUACACUCAGGAAAUGCAUCCGAAAGCCAAGAUUGGUGCAGCAACAUGGAGUUGCAGCCUCCUGGAACUGAGUAUGACAUCUCUCAAGGUUACUUCAAUUCAAGUACGGCUACGGAGACGCUACCUCAACCUCUAGACCAAGACGCUUAUCUCCUCGAAGAGCUGAUCAACCAGGGCUAUGAUCUUCACCCACUGUGGAUGAAGAAUGCAGCACCUUAAACUGAAGAUGACCAAAGAGAAUUGCUUGCUGUUCUUUGAGUACUCUUUGCAUCUCAAUUCGCAUUACUCCAAGUCUGUAUAUAUUACCCCACACGAUGUCGUUAGUCUCAAUAACAGGGGACAAGUGCAAGCAGAACAGCAGGAUCGCAUCGGUUUCCAUAUGGAAACUAAUUAGUUUUACAAGUUCUUAAUCAUUUCCAUCUUUUCCUUUUACCUAUGGCUAUCGAAUUCUCUUCCCGUUGCUUUGUUUCUUAUUUUUUGUAUGGACUCCCUGCUCCGCUUCUUUCCGAAUGGAAAAAAUUUAUGGAAAAAAUGCAAACAAACCUCAUGUGUUUUG